GAAGCUCCACCCAGUGGGGCUGAACUUCAGGUGGUUAAGUAACUUGGAUUAACACAGACUCAGCCACAACUUUGUUUCCAGAUUUUGUGACAAGUUAAACAGCAGCUCAGACGACAAACUGGAAGACAACAGCUCUAAGUGGCAUCUGUCUGCUCAGUUCAACAUGGACAGGAAGCAAUGUUGUGUGAAGCUGUCGGUCCAGCCGUCCAGAGGGCUCGUGGAUGAGAAGUUUAUUGUCCUGGUCCAGAACGUCCUACCUGGUUUCCAGCUGACCGUCCACGCCCUCUACCAGUGUGAAGACGGACACAGCUGGGAGGCGUUUGCUCGCUACACCGCCAACGCCAGUGGGACUGUGAACGUUUCAGAGGAUCCCAGUCUGGGCGGGACAUAUUCUGGGGUUGAACCAAUGGGUCUACUGUGGAGCCUUAGACCAGUUCCAGGCAGCAAGCCUGGGCUCAGGAUGAGGAAGGUGAAUGUCCAGACUCCCAUGGAGGUCAUGAUCUCGGUGUACCAGGGUCACCAGACUGAGGGCUUUGUGCCCAUUCAGGUGCCGCUGGCCAGUGUGGUGGUGGAGCGCUGGUACAUGGCUCCCCGUGUCCACAGGAUCCCGAUCACAGAGGGCGGACUCACUGCAACCCUCUUCCUGCCCUCAGGAUCAGGACCUUUCCCUGGCCUCCUGGACCUGUGGGGGGGUGGAGGGAAGUUGGUGGAGUACCGUGCAGCGCUGCUGGCCUCCCAUGGCAUCGCCUCCCUGGCCCUCGACUACCUGACCCCUAAAAUCAUCAUAGAAACCGGGAAGAUGGUGGACAACCAGUACUUUGAGACGGCCUAUAGAGUCCUGGAGCAGCAUCCUCAGGUCCUCGGCAGCAGGAUCGCCAUGUUGGGUCUUUCCUUCGGCACCAGUGUCACCCUCAAAAUGGCUGCUUACUCCCAAGUUAUGAAGCUCAGGUGUGCGGUGUGUAUUAGUGGGAGUCAUGUGCAGCCGAUUGACGGAACUCUGGAACAAAUGUUGACUUCCUUUGGCAAGAACACUGAGAAGACUCGCAUCACUGAGGAGAACCAGGUGAUCUGGCGAGAUCUGCUGCUGCCCAUUCCCACCGACCCCGCACUCAAAGUGGACGUGGGACGACUCCAGUGUCCUCUGUUGCUGGUUGUAGGUGAGGACGAUCAGAACUGGCCUGCCUACGAGUCUGCACAGGACAUCAGGGAGAUGAUGGAGCGAGCGGGGAAUAGCCACCUGCUGACUGUCUUGUCGUACCCGAAUGCCGGCCACCUGAUUGAACCUCCGUACACCCCGCACGCCCGAGCCAGCACCUUCAAAACAGUUCAUACACGUGAGAAGGUUAUGGCUCUGUGGGGAGGAGAGACAGCGGCACAUUCUCGUGCUCAGGAAGACGCCUGGAGGAAGACGCUGGUCUUUCUGAGGGAGAAUCUGUAUGGCGGCACAAACCCUGGUGCAGCUUCACUUUCCCACCUAUAACCAAGGCGACAGCUAAUGAUUAUAUAUUUCUACAGCUUGGAUGGACAUGAAAUUUUCCUGCUUGAAUCAUCAGUACAAAAGAUGAAAAACUGUUCGAAAAUAUCUGGUCAUAAUAAUAAGACUUAUCAAAACCAGAGAUUACAAAGUGCUUUAUGAGGGGAAAAAAGAAAAAACACAACAUACAUAUGCAUUUCACACAACCAUAAACCAACCUACUUACACACAUACUGUGAAUACACACAUGCAUACAAAUGUAUGUAUUUGAAUAAGGUUAUAUAAAAGCCCUUGGAUAAAAAUACAUGCUCAGAAUCGAUUUCAAAAGAAGAUAUUGAUUUUGCAAAUCUGAGUUUGUGGGGCAGUUCGUUCCAGAGUUGAGGUGCCCUAACAGCAAAAGCUCGGACCCCUAGCAUCUCUGGAUCUGGGACUAGGGUCAGGGUCAAUGAUAAGGAUUUCAGUUUUAUCGGAAUUUAAGAAAGGUAGCAGAUAUUUGAUAUGCGUGCAUUUUUGCAAGAAGCAUUCAAUUACCCAGCUUAAAAUUGUGUGACGCGCGGUGCUAAUGGCGGGUGGAAGAUAAAGAGGAAACUGACGAUAGAAUCUACAGCUUAAAUCAAUUCACUUUUAAAUUCUGGGUCAGUGUUGGUUUAAUUCACAGUGUUUUAUUCCCAACUGCAACAACAUUGUCACUGACUGGCUUCUUCUACUUGGCAACAGUGGCCGAGACUCAUGAGUAUUUUAGUAUGUAGAGCUGUCCGCCAAACUGACGUACAAAACAUGAUUUCUCAGAAAAUAAGUUGAAUUAAUUACAACUGGUGGCUAUAACAUAAAUCUAUAGGAUUGUUACAUAAUUUGGGAGAGUCCUGUGUUUCUGUGUUAAAGGUGCUAUCGCUAACAUUGAUAACAUCCAGCCACUAGAUGACACUCUCCCCCUCCCCCCUUCCAUUCCAUUCCAGUAAUGAAUUCAUUUUGCAACAUAUAGCUAUACAUUAGCUAUAGAUUUAGGUUACUUUGUGCGGUGGUGUUUUAUGUAACGUUAUCUAUGGUAAUCUUAGGAUAUGGCUAGUUAGCUUUAGGUAACCCUUUUCCCCCCAUCAUUUAGGAGAUGAUCCGAACUUGGCCGAUGUUAUUGGAUCACUCCUCUUUCGUUAUGUACACCCCUUCAGCGUAUCUCCAUGACUGGGCCAGCUUCCCUCCUCCUCCAGAUCACCUUCAUGGCCCUCCAAAGCCGAUGGAGUAGCUUCAGGCCGUUCUUAUAGACUGUGUAGGGUACUCCACUGGGGCCUGGUGCUGAGCUAGAUCACGCCCUCCUCACAACAUCCUCCACUUCGCACUGAAAGGAACUGCUCCUUCCUACCUCCAAGCCAUGGUCAAACCCUACACCCCGGCCCGAUCGUUACACUCCUCUGCCUCUGGAUAGACCCUUUUCACGGCAGACAUUUUGACUUGUCAAAACAGGAAAAGCACUGCUGUAAAUAAUAACAUUAACGAUGGCUCCAUUCCAUUAAGUGUCCCAUUAAGCCAUGUCAGUGAGUGAACAUGCACCAUACCAGAGUCCUCAAACUGCGUCACCUAAAUGGAAAGUAGCCAUCAUUAAUGUUAUCAAUUCCACCUUUGCUUUUCCUGCUUUGACAAGUCAAAAUGUCUCAAUGAACUCCCCACUGAAGUCAGGACAGCAGAGUCACUGCCCAUCUUCCUCUGCAGGCUGAAAACCCACCUUUUCACAUCUUGGCAUCCCACACUAGCACUCCCAUUUCACUUCUUUAAAAAUAAGAAGAAAGAAAACCCACACUUUGAGCUGUUUAUUUGGCAGGGAUGCAAUUUUUUGCUGAUGUCUAGCGCUUGUUCCUUUUGAGUUUGACAAAAGCAUCAGUUUACAAUGACACAAAACAGAGAAAAACACCAAAUCAUCACACUAGAUAAGCUGACACCAGAGAAUAGUACUUUUUGAUUGUUAGAUGACAUAAAUUGACAGAAAAUUGUAAAUGUAAUUGUUCUACAUUCUGACUGUUAUAAUGUACCAUCGUAACAUGUCGUUAUAUGAAUAAAAUAUUAAAUAAC